AUACAAAAUGGUCUCACACUACUGCUUAAUCGGGGUGCUUAUGCCGCUCUCAUUGCUAAUUGCACAAGCAACUGCAACAACAGAUGGAGCUCCAUUAGCCCGCCCCAACUGCCCUAACAACUGUGGUAAUCUCACAAUUCCAUACCCAUUUGGGGUUAAAGAAAAUUGUUACUUGAACUCUUCCUUUUUUAUCAAUUGUACUCGUGACGAAUCCAGGGAACCCCAAAUAGUACCAUAUUGGGGAAAUAGUGGCAUGAUUGUUUCUAACAUCUCACUUGAAGAGGCUGAGCUGCAAAUAAUGCAGUUUGUAGCCAAAGAUUGUUAUAACCAGCUGGGCAACCAAACCUACAACAACCACCCUUGGUUUUCAGUGCCUCCUUUCACCAUCUCCCAGGCCAAAAACAAGUUCAUAGCUGUUGGCUGUGACACCAUUGCUAUUUUCCAAGGCUACCGCGCUUUCCCGAAUGACCAAGAAAGUUACUUGGCCGGGUGUAUGUCGUUAUGUGAUAGCCUUGACAGCAUUGAAUAUCAGGACUCUUGCUCCGGAAUUGGGUGCUGCCAAACUAACAUCCCCAGUGGGCUGCAAAAUCUAACUGUGACAUUGUCUAGCACUUACAAUCAUACCAAAAUAGUAGGGGACUUGACCAACUGCAGUUACGCUUUCCUUGUGGAAGAAACACAGUUCAAAUUCUCCAAUUCAAGUUUUCAACAACUGGAGAGCAUAACAGAACUUCCAGCGGUUCUUAAUUGGGCAAUUGGGGAGGAUCCAGAUCCAUGUAAUACGGCUCAAAAGAGGAAGGAUUUUGCAUGUAAAGCAAAUAGCAAGUGUGUCAACCUGGUCGGUCGCUCUGCUGGUUACAUUUGUCAGUGCUUGCAGGGCUACCAUGGCAACCCAUAUCUUCCAGAUGGCUGCGAAGGUGAGAACACUAUAAAUUUGUUUAAAGACAUGCCGGCACGCACGCACACACAUGUAAAAACAUAACAAGGAAUUUAAAGAUGC